AUGUCAUCCAAGCGCGUGGAGGAUAAGCAUAAGCAGUCACUGGACCAGAUCCUCGCACAGAGCAAUCUGGUCUGCACCAGGUCGCCGUCGCUGUCUGCCCAGGCUUCGGCUGAGACUCUUGUGGCGGAAGAAGGAACUUACCCUGAAGAAGAAGAAGAAAGUGGCACAGAAGUCGCAUCGCUGGAAGAAUCACCAAAAGAUGUAGUCGAAGAAUCUUACGAGGAGGAAAGCACUAUCUUCCCCUCUCCUUCUCUCCGCCGACUGCUGCCUGAUAAAAUACGAAAGAUUGAGGAACAUAACAGAAUACACGUGUUGCCGAAAGAGUUUAAGACUGAUAUAGAUCCGGCGCUAAUACCGAAGAUUGUCCCACAAGUGAGGUAUAUAGAUAUAAUAGCAAGUUUGGUGGGCUGCACGGAGUACAAGAGUAGUUUGGCGGAGUUCUGGUUUCUGGACACGUUGGCGAACCUGUUGAGGAGAGCGCAGGAGGAUCUGCUUCCUAAAACCACCCAGGCGGUCCUGAUGCUGUGGUUCUGUGAGUGGAUGAAGGAGAUACAGAACUUCGACGCCGCGAACCGGACACGUAUGCUGAGACGAUUCAAGGACAACAUGCUCUCAGCCGCCCGUUUCAUCGCCGAGGCCCAAAGCCUGCCCACGCCCGCGGAGGCCGGGGUCCACUACACAGCCCUAGACGACGCGGAGGCCCACUCUAAGGACUCGUCACCCACGAAGAAACAUCAACUUGAUGACGAUAUGCGUCUGGUGACGUUCGAGGACUGCGAGUAUAAGUGCGCCAUGAGGGAUCUGGUUACGAUCAUGCAUUAUAUCUUUGAUUUAUUUAGUACCGACUACCAGUUCGACCUAGUCCGUUCCAUCUUCACCUUCACCCCCGAGUACAACCUCAUCGACCUACCUCACACCCUGCAGAACCCGAAGCGGCUAUACGUACCCCUCAAACCCAAAAAGGAGAAGACCAAAAAGGAGAAAGAGUCUAAAAAGGAAAAGGAUAAAGGGAAGAAGAAGGUCGUGGACACGGAGGAGUAUUUAGCGUUGAUGGAGCUUAAAGCUCGAUCUGAGCGCGAGAUAGAAGAGCAACUAGCCAAGGACGCAGAACUGUGGAACAUGCGCAACAGUAUUCUGCCGCUGACAUUCGCGGGGACCGACGAGCUGUUCGACAAGUACUGGCCGCCGCCGCCGCCCCCGGAGCCCGAGCCAGAGCCCGAACCCAAACCAGAAAAAGGGAAAAAGAAAAAAUAGGGCGUC